UUGCGGAAGUGUGUGCUACGUUUCAGGUUUAUCAUGCUUCUCACUUCCUGUACACGGGGUAGCUGGUUCUGGUUGAUGCAUUUGCUGUUAUUGUACUUGUUCGCAUGAAACCGACUACGAAAAAACAGUGAAGCAGUGGUUUUUAAAUUAUUUAAGAAGGACUUGGAUGACAUUGUAUUUUCCAGUUGGCAAAUAUGUGAAUACUUUAAACUUAACAUGGCUGUUUGUGUUCUGUCUGUCUUUAUAGAGGACUUACUCAUCUGUGGGCAGGGAGUGUAAAUUCAUCGUGGGUCAUUAAAUGCGUUCGCAGACAGAUUCACAGGGUGAACAUCAAAGGUUCUGCUCAUCGUCUUAGUCUUGUUGCCAACCUAAUCACUAUUUCGCUGUGAAGACUACAGCAGACUACUCCGAGCCAACAUGGGGAAUCCAGUGAAACUAUAUUUAUAUUUGGCUCUGAUCUUGCCGUGUUUGAAAUUUACUGACUCAUUUAACCUGGACAUCGACAAUCCUUCGGUUUAUUCCGGUCCACAAGGAAGUUAUUUUGGAUUUUCCGUGGAUUUCUUUAAACCCGACCAAACACAGUUGAACGUCUUAAUUGGGGCACCUAAAGCCAACACGUCGGUUUCAACUGUUUUGGAAAGGGGAGCGGUAUACACUUGUCCAUGGAAAACAAGUUCAGACUGUCGCCAAAUACCGUUCGACAACACGGAUGACCGGAAGAGUUCUGGUGGGGAGCAGAUGGAGUUCAAGUCCAACCAGUGGUUCGGAGCCUCGGUCCGGUCGGCAGGGGAAAACAUACUGGCUUGCGCACCUCUGUACCAGUGGAGCACGUACGGGCUGACAGAGAGGGAGCCCGUGGGAACUUGCUAUCUGAAGAAGGGAGGCAGUAUCGUGGAAUAUUCCCCGUGCCGCACCAGUUCAAACACUCCUGAGGGCCAAGGUUUCUGCCAGGCAGGAUUCAGUGUUGAUCUUUUGAAGAAUAACCGUGUCGUCAUUGGAGGCCCUGGAAGCUUUUACUGGCAAGGACAACUAAUCUCUGAUGAAAUCUCUGAAAUCAUAAGCAAGUACAAAAAGGACAACUUCUACGCAACUUACAGAAACCAGCUGGCAACCAAGUCAGCCAGCGCUCAGUAUGAUGACAGCUAUUUAGGAUAUUCCGUGGCUGUCGGUGAUUUCAAUGGUGAUGGGGAAGAUGAUUAUAUCACAGGAGUUCCCAGAGGGGAGAAAGCCCUGGGCUAUGUUAACGUUUUCAAUGGAAUAAACAUGAUGUCUGUGGUCAACUUCACCGGGGCUCAGAUGGCUGCAUACUUUGGAUAUUCCGUGGCAGCGACAGACAUUAAUAAUAACGGAAUGGUCGACCUGUUUGUGGGAGCGCCUCUCUUCAUGGACCGCGGUUCAGACGGCAAGCUUCGGGAGGUGGGCCAGGUGCACGUGUAUCUGGGGAAAGGGGGGUUCGUCUUCCAGGAGCCGCUCAAGCUGACGGGCUCAGAGAUCUACUCACGCUUCGGGAGCUCCAUCGCCCCCCUGGGAGACCUGGACCUGGACGGCUUCAACGACAUUGCCAUCGCCGCCCCCUACGGCGGACCAGAGCACAAGGGUCUGGUGUACAUCUACAACGGGAGGCCGGGUGGCCCGGACCCAGUGGCGUCCCAGGUGCUGGAGGGGAAGUGGGCGUCCUCCUCCAUGCCCCCCAGCUUUGGGUACUCCAUGCAUGGCGCCACUGACAUUGACCUGAACGGGUACCCAGACCUAAUUGUUGGCGUCUUUGGGGCGGAUAAAGCCGUUCUUUACAGGGCUCGUCCAGUCAUCGGUGUGAAUGCAACCCUGGACAUCAGCCCCCAGAUCCUGAACCCGGAGGACAAGAUCUGCACCCUGCCCGGCACCGCCACUACUGUGUCCUGCUUUAAAGUGAAAUACUGUCUGCAGGCCAGUGGAAAGGGGAGUCCUCCUUUACUGCACUUCCAGGUGGAGCUGGUCCUGGAUAAACUCAAACACAAGGGGGCGAUAAAGCGUGUGCUCUUCCUGCAUAACAAGAUGUCCCAGUAUUCCAAGAACAUGACCGUCACCAAUGGCAAAGGCCCAGCCUGUGAAGAGCUGGACGCCUUCUUAAUAGAUGACUCAGAGUUCAGGGAUAAGAUCACGCCCAUCACCAUUUUCAUGGAGUACAGCCUGGAUUAUAAAACUGCAGCCGACAAAACCGGCCUUCUGCCCAUCCUGAACCAGUUCUCCCCUGCCAGCAUAUACAAACAGGCCCACAUCUUACUGGACUGUGGGGAUGACAACAUCUGCAAGCCCGACUUGAAGAUAUCAGUAGUGAGCGAUCAGAAGCAGAUCUACAUUGGUGAUGACAGUCCAAUGACCUUGGAGGUGACGGCAGAGAACAGAGGUGAGGGGGCCUAUGAGGCAGAGCUGUACGUCUUCAUGCCCCCGCAGGCGGACUACAUCGGCGUUGUGCGCAACAGCGAGACUCCAUCCAGACUAUCCAGACUUUCCUGCGCUUACAAAAGAGAGAACCAGACACAGGAAGUAGUUGUGUGUGACCUGGGAAACCCAAUGAAAGGAGGAACCAAACUGGUGGUGGGACUGCGCUUCAGCGUACACCACCUGUCUGAGCAGGACACCUCGGUAAAGUUUGACCUGCAGAUCCAGAGUUCCAACCAGUUUAAUAACACCAGCCCUAUGGUUUCUAGCGUCACACAGCUUGCAGUUUUGGCCAAGGUGGAAAUCCGAGGUGCAUCCAAUCCUGACCAGGUUUUCCUCCCCAUCGCCAACUGGCAGCCCAAAGAGAACCCCGUUCUGGAAGAUGACAUUGGACCCCUGGUUCAGCACACCUAUGAGCUUCGCAACAAUGGCCCGAGCACCUUCAGCAAGGCCAUGCUGGACAUUGCCUGGCCCUACAGGUUCAACAACGGCUCCCUACUCUACAUCACCAAGUACGAGGUGGAGGGGCCCAUGAACUGCAGCACUGACAUGGAGAUCAACCCCCUGAACGUCACGAAUCCCACAGCCGCAGGGAAGAAUACCACCACAGCAGACCGGACUGAAGGCGGAAAGCGGAGUCACGUGCACCGCCGUGACCUGGAAGAAAAAAAGAUGGAGGGCGACUCCCUGGAGACACUGGACUGCACAAAAGCUGAGUGUGUGAAGAUCAAGUGUCAGGUGGGCCGUCUGGAGAGGGGCAAGAGUGCCGUCCUGUUCAUACGCUCCCGACUGGGCGUAGCAACCUUUCUCACGGCGGAGGUCCAGAACCACUCGUACGUCGUGAGGUCCUCUGCUUCCUUCAGCGUCAUAGAAAUGCCCUACAAAAACCUGGUGUCGGAGCUCCCCUCAGACUCCACGGUGGUCAACACAGCCGUGAUCUGGGCCCAGACCGGCGCCACGCAGCCGGUUCCCGGGUGGGUGAUCGCCCUGGCGGUUUUGGCCGGGCUCCUGCUCCUGGGUCUGCUCAUCUUUAUCAUGUACAAGCUGGGCUUCUUCAAGCGUGUGCGACCCCCCCAGGAGGACGGCACAGAGAAGGAACAGCUGCAGCCACAGGAGAACGGCAACAACGAGGCCUGAGGGCCCCAAAUGUUUCAAAUCCCCACUCUCCACAGCAGUGACCACUCCCUGCCCUACAGACAGGAGGCGUCAGCCUGUCAAUCACAGGCUCUCACUGGGACCAGGCCUGUGGGUUGUAUUACAGGGUGGGGGGCAGGGUUAAUUUCUAAUUGUCAACUAAUUUUUGUGAAUGAAAGGUUACAGAAAGCCAAGUUCAUGCAAAGUUGAAAAAAAUAGAGUUGGAAUCGAGGCUGCGCACUGUAGUGUAAUGCUAGGAUGAUGUUCCCAUUUUCUGCUGGUGAGGAGCUCAGUGCUUCCUCAGUGUGGACUACUUAUAUGCAUUUUAGUGCACUGAUAUUUUUUAUGGUUUACUUCUGGCACCAGUUCAUAAAUGCAAACUUGAGAGGCCACUAGAGUAAGAGGUAGGGUUGUAUACAGUUAGUUAAACACUGUUCCAUCUUAACUAUUGUCUUCACAGUGUGAAAUGUGUCAAACUAAUCUAAUCUGGCUGCAGUAAAUUAGUACACAUGGAAAUGGCUACUACCGGUGGGUGGGGGUUCCGGGCUUUGGGUUUUCUGUGGGGGGGUUUGUCUAGUGAAAAUGUAUAUAAAAUGGCUAAAUGCUUGGGUGAAUUAAAUACGGUCUCAAUGAUUUCAGAUACAAGGCAAGGUGUAGUGGUGCUGGUUAAAACUGUUACAUUUCCAGCCAGUCAUCCAACAGAAGAGUUUAGCUGUUAAAACUUAUUUUCUUCAGUUAAAUUUAAUUAUUAUUUUGAAAUGGUAACCUCACCCUUUCCAAGGACACUCUAUUGAUGUUAUUUUGUACAGUAAUCAGAAUAUUUCUAGAGCACAAAUUUAAACUCCUGUGUACUAUAUUUAAACAUAAUAAUUGUAAAUAAGGCUUGUUGUGGAUAUAUUAAAAAGCCUUUGUGAGAUUAAUAUACCUAUAUAUAACAGCAGACAUUGUUGUACCUUCUGAGAACUGCUUUCUAUUUGGGAGAGAAAGAUGAGCUUGUAUAAACUUAAGAGUAUUUUUGGCACACAAAUAAACAGUCUUCCGUGUUCAAAUUGUUUAUCACUUUUGAGUGACUUGUCUAACUCAAAUGUGCUGGAGCUGCAAUUAGUCCUGAUUUUAGCAGGUUGCAGUUCAGUAUUCACCACAUACAUUAAACAAUCCACCAGAUAAUAAAUAGGAAGUCAUCUUUUCAAAGCCUUAGGAAAAUUGGUUUUUACUUUAAGUUCUAGACACUAAUUUCAGGGAACAGAUGUCCCUUGUUUUGUCCAGAAAAAAAAUUGCCACAACAAUUGGUUUAAUCAAUUAAAAAAUAUACAAGAUCAUCAUGAAACCGUAAAAAACUGUAAAACAAAUUCAUCAAAUAUGCUGCAUUGCAGUAAAUACCAUAGCUUUGCACAAACAUUAAAUGAUCAGAUACAAGCAGUGUUCAGUGAAGACAUUAGAAGAUUUUUAGAAGUUUUAGAAAUAUAUAUUUCCUAUGAUAAGUUAGUUACAUUUUUCAAUAAAACUUAUUGCAUAAAAUGCAGUGAACUCAAGUAAUGAGUUAUCUGUCUGCACACACCUGUUAUAAUGUAUAGAUCUUUGAUAUGAAACAUUCAUAUAACCCAUAACAGCUUUUAUUUCCAUCUAAAAAGAUGUUUUAGGGUGGAAAUAUCACAACAGUGUGCCAGUAUAUUAAUUGCCCACAAAAGUCAUGCCCAAAAAAUACCAGAAACGGUUAUCAAUCAGGAAGAAAAUGUUCUUUGAUUAGAGGGUAAAUGCUUAGUGUUUUAUCAUGAAGGCAUAUCUCUAGGUGUGUAUAUGUCUGAUUUCAAAACAAAACAAUGUACUGUACAGCCUAUGUACUGUAAGUGUUGACCCUAAAAUACCUUUGCAUUAUACAACAUUUUGAUUUGAAUAUAUUGAUUUGCCUGUAUUCAGUGUUCUUUUCUCUUGACCUUUUCCAGGACGAUUUUCCAGUAAGUGUAAGUUUACACUGUCACCCAUAUUGGGAAGACAGAUUGAGACUGGCAUUUGGUUUGUAUCGGUUUUCUUUUAAAAUGGGAUAUUACAGUAGUCAAUAAUCAACAUUGGCAAGUGAACAGUUACACAGCAUUAAUGUAAUCAUUUUAAAGGACAACUGAUUAAAACGAUUAUGGAGUGGUAGAGUUUUUUUUCAUCAUCUGGUUUUGUAAGCUUUUGUUUUAUUCUAAAAAUUAUUUCAUCUCACAAUGCACCAACAUAUGAUAACUUUGUAUGAUUUUUACCUAUAGCCAAUAAAGAACACUAAUAUGUGUUUUGACCUUUUUUUUAAGUCAUUGGAUAUUUUGGCAUAGAGCAUUUAUCUGCCUCAAAACUUGGAAGUUGAGUAAUGGAUUGCAAAUUACAGUAGCUGCCAGUCUGAAUACACAUGCUGCAGUCCUUUUUCUGUGGAACCCAAAUGACAUUUAUUUAGGAUUUCCUAUUUUCCUGUGAGAAAUUACCUUCUUUUAUCCUGUAUAAGCUUUUGAUGUUGAAAUCAUUUAUUGGGGGAAAAAAAACCAUCUUCGUGUGGCUUAUGAUUAAUUUCAUCAGUAAAACAAGCACUUUAGUAUGGUGGCUUCAUACUUUUGUGACUGGAAUAAAGGGGUGUUUUAA